GGGGGAAGGGAUCGAUGCUAUUGACUGGAUGGACGGCAACGCCAUCUUGAAAAGUGUUCUCCAUUGCCAACUAUUUCACGUUGGCCACAUCUAGUCAGUUUUAAAUGUUUGGUUUCUCCGUCACAUUUUAUAUGUAUUUGUGUUUGGAACCGAUUAUUGCUUUUGGACAAUUGGAAAGAUAUUCAAGCUGGAGACUCGCCGGUCUCAAAUUUGUUGGUGGUGUACUGCUGAAUUUGCGCCGCUGUUGUGAUCGUCCAUUUUGCUGACUAACCCGGACGUGCUGACUAACCUGGAAUGGGCCUCGCAUAUCACACCCCAGAACUGCCUUUUUUUUAACCUGAGCUCUGGUGUCUGGACUACCAUCAGAAUAGGACAAAUAUGUUUUGGAAAUUUGACCUCCACGCUACAUCCCACAUUGACACUCUGCUGGAGAGGGACGAUGUAAGACUAACCGAUGUAAUGGAUGAAGAGGAUGUUCUGCAAGAGUGCAAAGCCCAAAACCACAAACUGGUUGACUUCCUUUUGAGACCAGAUUGCAUGGAAGAGCUUGUCACCUUCAUUACGCAGGAACCGAGCGCUGAUGUUGAGGAAAACAUUAAAUACAAGUAUCCCAACAUUUCGUGUGAGCUGCUCACGUCAGAUGUGGGCCAAAUUAACGACAGAUUAGUGGAAGAUGAAAAACUGCUGGUGAAAUUGUACGGCUUUCUUCAGAACCAGCCACCUCUUAAUCCACUUCUGGCCAGCUUCUUCUCUAAGGUCUUGUCUAUUCUUAUAGGACGCAAACCUGAACAGAUCGUGGAGUUUCUCCGGAAGAGGGAGGAUUUUGUAGACCUGAUGAUCAAACACAUAGGGACCUCAGCCAUCAUGGACCUGCUUCUCAGAAUGCUCACCUGCAUUGAACCACAGCUGUUGCGACAGGAUGUCCUUAAUUGGCUGAAUCAGGAAAAUAUCAUUCAGAGGCUUGUGGACAUGGUUCAGCCAUCGCUUGAUGAAGAUAGACACUCCAACGCUUCACAGUCACUGUGUGAGAUCAUCAGACUGAGCCGAGACCAGAUGUUCCAGGUUCAGGGAUGCCCGCAGCCAGACCCAUUACUGGCUACACUUGAAAAGCAGACCACGGUAGAGAAGCUUCUGUCCCAUAUCUUCGAUAAGGAGAAGAAUGAAUCGGCGAUUGUCAGUGUCAUCCAGAUCCUUCUUACACUGUUUGAGACAAGACGACCAGCGUUUGAGGGCCAUAUGGAAUGCUCCCCUAGAAUGUCCAAUCCUUCAUUCUCAGUCAACCAUAGCAUCUUGGAGGCUGUGAGACCACGACUCAAAGACUUUCAUCAACUGCUGCUGGAUCCUCCAAAGAACGAGAUGAUGAGGACAACGUGGGGGGUGCUCGAUCCUCCUGUGGGUAACGCAAGGCUCCAUGUGGUCAGACUCGUGGUCAGUCUGUUGCAAACCAACACUCCCUGCAUCAGUAAAGAGCUCAUUCACCUCAAUACCCUGGGAGUAAUACUUGAUAUGUUUUUCAAAUACAUCUGGAACAACUUCCUCCACAUCCAGGUGGAAAUUUGUACAGCUGUGAUUCUGGUCAUGCCACCUUUUACCACUGAAGUCCAGCUCGACACAGAACAAGGAAAUGCCAGAGAGAGCAUCCUCGUCAGACAUUUGUUUCAAAAAUGCCAUUUCAUCCAGAGAAUUGUUGAUGCUUGGAACACUAAUGAAAAGGAGCAGCUUGAAGGCGGUCGGCGGCGAGGUUACAUGGGUCACCUCACAAGAAUAGCAAAUUCAAUACUUCAUAACUGUGACAAAGGCCCUAACGGAUUACAGAUACAACAGCUCAUCGCUGCACUUAAAGUGGAGGACAGAGAAAAAUGGGAGGCCUUCAUAUCUGGGCAGCUGGCUGACACAAACAAGAGAAACACUGUUGACCUGGUGACAACACACCAGAUCCAAUCCUCAACUGAUGAUGAGGUUGACUUUAAAGAUAGCAGCUUUCAUCAUGACUCAUCUCUACAGCAAGCGUUUUCUGAUUAUCAGAUGCAACAAAUGACGUCCAAUUUUAUUGAGCAGUUUGGCUUCAAUGACGAAGAGUUUGCUGAUCCAGAUGAUGUUUUGGAUAUUCCCUUUGACAGAAUAUCAGACAUCAGUUUUUCACUCAAUACAAAUGAAAGUGUGAAAGUAGCUAUGUUUGAAGCACGCUGUAGAGAGAAAAUCCAGCAGUUUGAGGAUGCUGGUUCUGAUGAUGAGGACAUCUGGGAUGAAAAAGAUGUUGCCUUUGUACCAGAGGCACAAAGGCGACCCAGGAGUGCAGGUAGCACAGACAGCGAAGACAGCACUGACUCGGAGGAAGAGGAUUCCAAGAAAGAUGCAUUUGAAGCGUCUAAUCCCAGCUCUGAAGACAUUAUGGAAGUUGAAACAGACACAGCUUGGAGCAGCUAUUCAGCUCCAAAUUCCAACUCAGAGACGGGCUGGUCUGAUUUCUCUAACUUCUCCACCACCAGCCCCAAUGACCCACUAAUGUGCAACUCUCCCGUUGCUAUGGAAACCAACAUCGAGAAACUGGAUCCGCUGGGUGUCAUUGGACCAUUGUAUUCGGAUGAAAGUCAUAGCUGGCUGAGUCCGAGUAUUUCUUCUUGCUCUUCCGUCACAUCUAAGGGUUGUGGAAGAUCUAAAAUGGAAGAUGAAACUACUUGCAGCAUUCAACGCAGUAUUACAGAUACAGUCAUCAACGGCUCCAUAAAAGAGACUUUCAGCCUCACUGUUGAUGCCAAGACUGAGACGGCUGUCUUCAAGAGAGUGUUGAAAUCAUAUCGCAAUGACAAGUGCAAGUACGCAAUGGAAUUCCCUUAUGGCCCUCGAGAGGAAAUGUCCAACACAGAUGAUGCCAAACUGGACCAAAGUGCCAUGUCCUCAGAGCCAGCAGUCAAUGGAGCACCAUGAGAAAUGUGCAUUUUCCGUUUCUGGCCAGCAUAAUCUACCAAUGAGAAGAUUCUCUUGAUGAAAUGGCGGAGGCCACUGGUCAAGCGUGGCCAUCCACUUUCUCCUUCAUUGGAAUCUGCGACAUUGCCAUCAGCUCAGAUAAAUGGCAGUGGUGUAAUGUUGUUUUAAUCCGCAACUGACAUCAUCUCAUGCAAAUUUAUUUAGGAAUGUUACAAUGGUUGAAAAGAUGAUUGUAUGAAUAAAAUAUUUUCGAAAAAUGUAAAAAUGACACCUUGUAAGCGAUUGAGCUGAGGUCCUGUGCACAGUCCAAAAUGUAGCAAAAAUGUUUUAAUUUGACUUAUGUCUCUGCCAAUUCAAAUGUAAGCUUUGUGUAAAUAUGCAUACCUGCAUGGAACGCCAAUUAAAAGGCAGCACAUGUGACACCACACGCGCGUGUGGACACACUCAAAUACACACAAUCCCAAACUCUGCACUUUACUUUCAUUAGAAAACCACAGAAGAAAUGACUAGCUUUAGCUUGUAUUCAAUGUAAAGACAAAAUGGCGACCUGUGUUCGCCGAACACUGUUCAGUUGUUCUACUUGAAAUGCUUCCGAUAGGGAUUUGGGUGUACAGUAAUCCAAAUCACAGUUUCGUUUAAAUCUUCACCCUAUCAUUACACAGCAGAAUAAUAGUAGUCUUUCUUUGAGCUACAUUUAUAAAAGUAACCUGUGCUGAAUUUGUUAGUUUGCUUACUUACAAUGUAUUUUUGUGGGGCAGGAGGUAUAUAUGAUGAUCAUACUGUAGACAGAAUCUCAAAAUGCACAACAGGAACUUGUUAAUUACAUGACGGCAAUUUAAAUCAGAGUCAUGAAGAAAACAGCUGGCAACAUACUGCGCCACAAUGGACUGAAAUCCGCAAGGUCCCCCUCCCCCGUGCGCCUUAAGUUUGACAAUGAACAUCGACAUUGACUCAGAAGUCCUGGGCUAAAGUGUGAGUGGUUAGGUAAAACCCAAGUUAAGCUAUUUAGCAUCUCCUUGACCAGCCAUGAU